AUGGAGCAACUAUGGGAAUAUGGGAAGAGUCUGUGGUGGUGGUGCAUGAUGGUUCUUGGUCUUGGGGCACUGUUGUACCUCAUGGCCCGAACAAAGAAGACAGGGCGCGUGUCCCCACCCCCUAGCUCUACUUCUCAGAAAAGGACCAGAGAAGGUCCUAGCCCCGAAGAUAAGGAGGAGCGGAGGACAAAGGCAAGACAUGAUGCUAAAAGGCAGUGGAUUGAAGAAAAUGGGCUCACAUGUGGGAGGUAUGUUGAAAAUACCAGUCUUGGACAUUCGAAUGAGGUG